AUGGAGACCACCGGGCACGGCGCGCUCAAGGAGAACUACUUCCUCGACGACGGCGCGUACAUGGUGGUGAAGAUUAUCAUCGAGAUGGUCCGGAUGAGGCUGGCAGGACUAGAUGGAGGGGUGGGGAGCCUGAUCAAGGAUCUCGAGGAGCCUGCCGAGUCCGUGUUGUUUAGGAUGGACAUCGUGGGCGAACCCAAGAAUGCAAAACAACGGGGCGUGCAAGCAGUCGAGACUUUCAAGAACUACAUCGAGGAAGGGAAGCUUAACGGUUGGGUGCUCGAUGAUUGUGGCGACUGCUCCGUUGAUCAGGGAUGCCUUGUGGACAACAACGAUCAUCCCAUUGAUGUUGAUGCGUACAUGUACAGGGCAAAAUUUUACGACGAGUCUCAGAGACGACUAGAAUGGGUUCACAUUCUCCAAAGUGUGCAUAACCCCAAUAUAGCACUAAACAUGCAGUCUUGUGUUCCUGGUGGCUGCAAAUCCAUGGCAAGGAGUAUUUUUGAUGGGUUUUUGUUGACAAGUGGAGUAAAUGAAUUUGUUGACAUCACUCAAGUACAAAGCUUUGCAGAGUAGAUCUUAUCUUCAUGAUCGAACACUAUAUUAUAGCAGUCCAGACGACUAUGUGGGGCAAUAAGAGCUUAUAGCUACAUUCUGGAGAGUGUAGUGUGCCUACAAUACUCUCCUUCUCCUUCAGUUAGAAUAUUGUAUUAUUCUUUUUCAAAAAAUAAUAACUACUAAUCUUGUAAAUAAUGAUGUACAUCAAAAUGUUAGUUCAUUUAUACAAAUCAUUGUAGCGAUUUCAGUUAA